AUGUCGACACCUUCCCCCAUCACCGAGUUCUUUUCCUCCUCCGACCAAAAAUUCGCCGUCGUCGGUGCAUCCUCCAACCGCACCAAGUUCGGCAACAAAGUCCUGCGUUGGUACACCGACCAUGGCUAUACAGCAGUGCCUGUGAACCCAAAGGAAAAGACAAUCGAGUCGCUGGCCUGUGUCCCGAACCUGUCCUCGUUGCCUGGCUCACCUUCUGAGUACCAUGUCUCGAUCAUCACCCCUCCUGCGGUCACCAAGUCCGUUCUUGAAGAGGCACACAAGAACGGAAUCCAGCGUGUCUGGUUGCAGCCCGAUGUCGAUUCUCCGGAAGCAUUGGCUUAUGCAAAGGAAGUCGGCAUCCAUGUCAUUGCUGGAGGACCCUGUGUCCUCGUUCACGGCAUUACCAGCGAGCAAGCCAAGUUGUAA